UCAUUCCUUUUAAAUCUGCUGUUCAUUCUGGAGUUGAAUGUGGGACCUCAAGCAAGCGCAUGAGAGAGUUGAUCGGGAGGAAUGCUCAUCCGCCGUCAAUUUGUACAGUGAAGAUAUCGGGAUCAAACAAUCAGGUGCCGUUGUACACGAAUGACACACGUGAGAAAGUACUCGAACGUCUGCAAUCUUCUUUCACAAACAAGCUAAGGGCCGAAGAAAUCCUGCGAAACGAUGUCCUCAGAGUUCUGCUCGAAAGGAGGCGGCAUUACUUGCGGAACCUUUCUCCAUACUUUGAGAAAGCUCAAGCUCUCGGGGAUGACAUGUUUGCCAAGGUUGUUGAUCACGUGAAAUGUAGAUCUCACUCGUGCAUUGUGCAACACGAGCAGAUAGUAGGACAAGAUACGGUCGACAUUUCUAUCCCGUCAAGCAAGAUCCCGGCUAAAGAUCGUGAGAGAAGCUGGAACGUGCGCGAGAAUGACGUGUCAUUGGACGACGUGGAUGAAGAGGCAAAGCUUGCUCAGAAAUAUCUCAGGGACAUGCAGCAUCCAGCGAAUUGCUCUUCGAGAAACGCGUUGGUCUUCCACCAUGAUCGAGCUUACUGGGGAUUCGCUGCAAACGUGCAUUUCAUGACGGUUGC